AUGACAGAUCCUGUUCUGUCACAAUUUCAGCUCUCAAAAUAUCAAGAAUUACAAGCCGGACCAUCACAAGCUGAAUCGUCGAGCACUGCUAACCUACAAACUGAAAAAUCACAAACCAAACCGACUUUAUCUUCAAUUGAGAUAAAAAAGCCGACAUUUCAAAUUAUAACUCCUGAACAGAUCCGUCCUCACCCCAAAGCUGGUGAACGAAAGUCUACAAUUCGAAGAAAGAAAAAAUCCCUGAUUUUGACAGACACUCCAGUCAAAGAGAACAUAGAGGAAGAAGCAAGACUUCGAGAAGAAAAAGCACAAAAAAAACCAAAAGAACUAACAAGAAAAAAGAGGCAGUAA